AUGCGGAGGGGCGAGCGCAGGGACGCCGGGGGUCCGCGGCCCGAGUCCCCGGUGCCCGCGGGCAAGGCCUCGCUGGAGGAGCCGCCUGACGGGCCGUCUGCCGGCCAAGCCACCGGGCCGGGCGAGGGCCGCCGCAGCACCGAGUCCGAGGUCUACGACGACGGCACCAACACCUUCUUCUGGCGAGCCCACACCUUAACCGUGCUCUUCAUCCUCACCUGUACACUUGGCUACGUGACGCUGCUGGAGGAAACACCUCAGGACACGGCCUACAACACCAAGAGAGGUAUUGUGGCCAGUAUUUUGGUUUUCUUAUGUUUUGGAGUCACACAAGCUAAAGACGGGCCAUUUUCCAGACCUCAUCCAGCUUACUGGAGGUUUUGGCUCUGCGUGAGUGUGGUCUACGAGCUGUUUCUCAUCUUUAUACUCUUCCAGACUGUCCAGGACGGCCGGCAGUUUCUGAAGUAUGUUGACCCCAAGCUGGGAGUCCCACUGCCAGAGAGAGACUACGGGGGAAAUUGCCUCAUCUACGACCCAGACAAUGAGACUGACCCCUUUCACAACAUCUGGGACAAGCUGGAUGGCUUUGUUCCCGCGCACUUUCUUGGCUGGUACCUGAAGACCCUGAUGAUCCGAGACUGGUGGAUGUGCAUGAUCGUCAGCGUGAUGUUCGAGUUCCUGGAGUACAGCCUGGAGCACCAGCUGCCCAACUUCAGCGAGUGCUGGUGGGAUCACUGGAUCAUGGACGUGCUCAUCUGCAACGGGCUGGGCAUCUACUGCGGCAUGAAGACCCUCGAGUGGCUGUCCCUGAAGACGUACAAGUGGCAGGGCCUCUGGAACAUACCGACCUACAAGGGCAAGAUGAAGAGGAUCGCCUUCCAGUUCACGCCCUACAGCUGGGUUCGCUUCGAGUGGAAGCCGGCCUCCAGCCUGCGUCGCUGGCUGGCCGUGUGCGGCAUCAUCCUGGUGUUCCUGUUGGCAGAACUGAACACGUUCUACCUGAAGUUUGUGCUGUGGAUGCCCCCAGAGCACUACCUAGUCCUCCUGCGGCUCGUCUUCUUCGUGAAUGUGGGUGGCGUGGCCAUGCGCGAGAUCUACGACUUCAUGGAUGACCCGAAGCCCCACAAGAAGCUGGGCCCGCAGGCCUGGCUGGUGGCGGCCAUUACGGCCACGGAGCUGCUCAUCGUGGUGAAGUACGACCCCCACACGCUCACCCUGUCCCUGCCCUUCUACAUCUCUCAGUGCUGGACCCUCGGCUCCGUCCUGGUGCUCACCUGGACCAUCUGGCGCUUCUUCCUGCGAUCCAGGCUUCUCAGGGCUCCCGUCUGCCACGGCUGCUGUCCCAGGGCCAGGGUACCCGGCCCCCACCCAGCCCAUCCCGGACCUCCACAGGGACUAGGUGCCAGCUGUCCGUGGGGCCUGCAGUGGGGCUGGUGUGGGGGCAGGUCGUGACGCUGCAUCCCACCCCCCAGGGACAUCACCUUGAGGUACAAGGAGACCCGGCGGCAGAAGCGGCAGAACAAGGAUGACCAGGGCAGCGCCGUCAGCAACGGGGACCAGCACCCGCCGGGGCUGGACGAAGACCUGCUGGGGCCUGGGGUGGCCGAGGGCGAGGGGCCACCAACUCCAAACUGACCUGGGCCGUGGCUGCCUCGUGAGCCUCCCAGAGCCCAGGCCUCCGUGGCCUCCUCCCGUGUGAGUCCCACCAGGAGCCACGUGCCCGGCCUUGCCCUCAAGGUUUUUUCCUUUUCUCCCGUGCACCUGGCAAGGUUGAAGGCGAGGGGUGGAGGAGGCCCCAGCACAGCCUCAUCUCCAUGUGUACACGUGCACGUGUGUGUGUACGCGUGUGGCCGCCUGUGGUGUGCACAUGUGCUCUGGGCUCCGAGGCUUCUCCAGAGCCAGGAGCUGGCUGGCGUGGCAAGGGCAUGCUCUGGGGCAGCGUGUCCCUCAGGAACCAGGGUCCUCCCUCCCCUUUCUGCCUGGUCAGCCCCGUGGCCUCUGGCCCACCAAGCUCCCUGUCACCCAGCCAUAGCGUGGCCCAGGCAGGGACAUCUCGGUACCCCUUCUGCACUCCGUGGGCCCUGGGUGCGCUGAGGCCUGGAGGCGUCUACACUGGCUCCGCAUCCACCUCCCCGCAGCUCGUGUGGGGCGCUCAUCCACAAACACCCCAUGGCUGAGAGGCAGGGGAUCCAGGCGGCGACGCUGAGCCACCUCCGAGCCUUCCUUUCACACAGACCACCCUGGAGGACACGUGGAUGAUGGGGUCAGAGAUCACUGAGCUGCCCCUCAAGGGGGCCUGGAACCCAGGCGCUGGGGUCACGCCUCUGUGGUUCCGAGUUGAGGGUCGUCUUCACGAGCAGAGAGAACCAAUAAAGUGACAGCGAACGCCUGAGGCUUCCCGCCCUC